UGGGAAGGGAACGGGCACCGACUACGCCGGGGAAAUAGUUACUACAUACCUACACGGCAGCUUUAUCUUCACAGCUGCACACAUUGCCCAAAACACAGGGCCUGUUGUUGAUGGCGAGUGGGAGUGUGGCACACAUCAUAUCAUCAUGCGGUCGUCGGGAUACUAUGUGGUGAAUGACUCCAAGCCGGUUAGGCAGAAGAGUGAGCUGGCGGACAGCGGCCCCGCGGGUCCAGUCCUGUUGACCAAGAUGGCCACCACACAGGGCGUGGAUAUAGCGGCGACUGAGGUGUACCAUGAUGACAAGACACCGUACAGAUCGGCGGUAACCAGGCUGUUCAGCUGUAUCUAUGCCCUGAUUAUUGUCGUGUUGGGGAUAGUUCUUGCCACGGCCAAUGUCUUAACGGGAAGGGAGAGAACCCACUACUACUACCUGGAGGCGUUCCAGAUCUACUUGUACUUCCUGUCCCUGGUCUUCCUGUUGUACGUACAGGGCUGUCUGCUCUGGGGAAUCAAGAGUUCUCGGUAUGAGUACAACAUACGCUACUCAUUCAGGCGGAGUAAAUCCGGCAGCCCUGACAGAGAUACCGAGGAGAAGCUGACAGACAUCGAGAAGAUUCGAGAGUGCAGCCCCUUCCCUGACGACUCGCUCAGGGGGCGCCUCACGCUUCCGGCGGAAGGAACUGUGGCGCAUGUCGGAGAAGGAAUCAACUUUUACCUCCGUCUGGGCGCCAUAGCGUUCAGCAUCGCCACAGUUAUUCUGGACGGCUUUCAUAUCUCCUCUUACUUUGAGAACGGGACCUCAGACAAAUGCCGCAGUCACAUCUUCCUGGUUGUGUAUUCACUACACAUAGUGUUCGUCUUCGUCCAGACUUUCUUCAUCUUCAAGAAUCAUAGGCUCUUAAUCAAUAAGCAUAAAGCUAUGGUGAGGUUUGGGCUAAUGCAUCUGGUCGCCACAAACAUCUGUGUGUGGAUUAUAAGCACGGUAUCUGAGGCCUCGGACUCGUACAAGAGACAGGAAUACCAUGCUCGGGUAAACCGAUCGGAUUUGUCCGCGACUACCCAGCAGACAGUUAUCACCACGCCUGUCUACAGAAGCUGCUACGCCGCGAUCACGCUGGCCAGGAUUGCCUCCCCUUACCUGUUCCCCUGUAUCAUACAGUACAGCCUGAUAGCUGCCGGUAUCCUGUUCCAUAUGUACCAGAACGUCGGCGUGACCAUCAAACAGCGCUGGCCCAGUCACGCCUCCUUCACCAGCUCGGUACCCGCGGGUACCACCAACGUCGACUGUGACAAGGCCAACAAGGGGCUCUUCCUUGGUCUUCUCAUUGGAGUUGUCACCGUCAUCGCUAUAGCCACUUUCUUCGUCUUCAACGCCCGUCUCACGGACACCGGUACCGCCAUCCAGAUAUUUUACAUCACCGAAAUCUCCUUGCUGGGAAUCACCCUGAUUGGUGUCAGCAUUGGUUACGGACGUCUCGCUAGGCUGAAGUUCACGGAAACCAGGGACAUAUCCUUACCGGGAUUCCUUUUGAUCAUCGCUCUGUUCGGCACGUACGUGUAUUACGCCUUCGUCGCUCUGGCCAUCGCCUUUAACUUCCGGAGUUAUGGUCUGAUUGGAAUUUUGGCCCUGGCAUGCACGGCUGUCGCUUUGGUGGAGAUUACUAUCCAGGCUGCUUUUAUCUUUGACGGCUUACGGCGAUGUUCUGGAUGCGAAGCCCACAUCGCCAACAAGCCAGGGAGAGCAAUAGUUACCUUCCUUCUCGUCUGUAACCUUGCUUUGUCCGCUGUCUACGUAUUUGAGGUGACGAAAACAACGGUGGCACCGAUACACAAAACUUUUUACGGAAUCCUCGCCUGGAAUGUAAUCACACAUAUUUGUCAUCCACUUAUCAUUUUCUUCCGCUUCCACUCUAGCGUUUGCUUCUCGGACAUUUGGUUUCUUCCGUACCAGAGAGAGAAGGCCCCUUAAUCUGCUAGUACAACUUUCACUCUGUCCUCAGGUGGAAUACUAUGUAAUGGAAACUGACAGGAAUGGAAACAAACCGGUUGCUCCUGUUGCACAGUUUUGCACAGAACCCGGGAGAACAGCAUGGAAUAGCUGCACGGAUAGUUUACUGGCAAAAAAGGCAGGUUUGGUGGACGCUUUUGUCAGAAACAAUAUUGGUGGUGAUUUUGUGAAAGGAAAACAAUGUCACCGUAAUGGUAUAUUGUAACGACACUGCCAAUCUGUACAUAUGUUCAUAUACAUGUAUGACCAGCGCUGGGCUUUACACGUUGUGAUCAAAACCCAUACAUACAUUAAAGAAUAAACUUGGCUGAUGUUUCAACCAUGACUGGUGAUUCGUACCUUUCCUUGGACACCAAUCUGUGUUUUGCCCGACAUGGUAAGGGAGACAACUUUUGCUCGACGAAUAGUUCACACAAUUGCAAGCUUUCGGAGAGAGAGAAUUGUAUGCUUUGUAGGUUAGUAGACGGUAUGGCUAACUAGUAGUGUGAUGUAGUCGUGGUGAUUUUUAUGUGGAUAUGCUGACGGAAUGUUCAUGUUAUAACUGAUUACUACUCACACAAAAUGGAAACUAUGGCACUGUAAUUAAUGCCAGAAAGGAGAGGAAAGAAGCCAUGGAGGAGUGUGUUUCUCUUGCCCUUUUUAUCGACAAACCACAGCUCUUUAGCGAUUGAUUUUCGUGUUGACGUGCAUUACACUAACUUUGAAAGUGCAAGGAGGCAGUUGGAUACUACAACGCUGGUAUUUAGACGUUGAUGAGUUUUCAUCAGCUAACAGAUUAAGCUGUGUUGUUUUUGUAGAGAGAUAGCACAUUGUAGGACACACAUACCACAUUAACACUUUUAUACAAAGGCUUCUAUAUAAACAUAUAUUCUCAUUUGAAGUUUACACCAUAUUUGGGACUUAUUUAUUGCUUCUGGAAUCUUCAUUUUCUUUUUGAAUUGUGUAGUUAGGAUUUAUCAUCAUUAUAUCUUUUCCGCAAUAAGUUGAUUUGUUGAAGAUAAUUAUGUGAAUGAUUUCAACAAAGAUAUGCACAGAUAAAGUAAUUUGUAUAAACGUUAGAUCUCAUCAUGUAUUACAUUACUGUCUGCAUAUCAUCUCAGAGUUAGCUGGUGUUAUUAGAAAGCUAUAAAUGGAUGUUAGCUUGACUCAUCCACGAAAACUGAAGCUGACUAAAUUAGUUUUACAAUCAGUUUAAUCCAGUGAACAGCCUCAUCAUCACCUAUUUCAGUCGUAAUUUGGCUACCAUAUAUAAGUUGCUUUUUCUGUCAGGACAUGGCGCUUAAACGUUGUGUACAAUACCCCAAAAAAUCAUUGUAAAACGCCAACAAUGUGUAAGGAUGUGCUUUCAUGGGUGCCGGGUGAAAUUUUAGAACACUUACCUAUCCUUUCGAUAAAAAUCUCAGUACCAGCGGCUUAAUUAACACUGUUAUAACAAGAACAGCGGAAAACCUUACAUGGCGUAUCUUAGGUAUAUCGAUAUUGACAGCUCUACUGAGAAAACUGGCUAACACCAUACAUGAUAGUUAGAGAUUGUCUGGAUUUGAAAUUAGGGCGGUGAGUGGAGUUUUCGAUCUAGUUGGAUUCAAUAAGUAAGGAAUAAAUGUACUUACAUGUCUGAGUGUGUACCAAAUGUCACUCAGCGAAGCAUACCUGUACAUAUAGGUAUCUUCAACAUGGGUGUGGAAUUUUAGCUGCUUACGUAACUCUGCUCCAAGCUACUUGUACAUAAAACAAGUGGUUCUCUGCUGGCGGAUUUUAGCACAUGUAUAUGAGCAGUACAAUCGAGGGGCAUUUGUAGGACACGUAUAGUUGUUAAGACUGGAGGCAAUAACAGUGAUGCACAAUGUAAUAUCUCUAUACAAUAGAGGGGCCAGUUCCCCAUUUCACGAGUACUUAGUUACAUUUUGGUAAACAUAAAUGGUUAAAAUCAGUGGCCCUCAUUUAUUUUCAGUGUAUACAAGCAACAGAUUAAUGCUGACCCUUUGUGACCUUUGAUAAAUAUUUACCCUUUGUAACCUUCAUAGUAGAAAGGUUUUCAAAUUCAUCUCAACCGUACUAACUGUGCAUUAGAUUUUGAGCUUUGAGUUUCAGAUUUCUUGAAUAAAAUUUACUA